AUGCGCUACGAGGUGCUCCUCUCGUCCGCCACCCCCGCUGCGCCCGCUGACGACGAGCGCUCGCGAGUGUCUGAUGACAAUGACUCCGCUGAUCUACUGGACUCGGAGACCGAGCCUUGCUUGGUUACCGAUCCUGGUGAGUGGUUGAAUAGUAACUGUUAUCAGUUGUAUGACGUCACAAGCUACGAACCGCGCCCCUCGCCCCCGCGCCCGCCACCCCCGCUGCCCCCGCAGAAGACGAGCGCUCGCGAGUGUCUGAUGACAAUGACUCCGCUGAUCUACUGGACUCGGAGACCGAGCCGUGUCUUGUUACCGAUCCUGGUGCUCCUCUCGUCCGCCACCCCCGCUGCGCCCGCUGACGACGAGCGCUCGCGAGUGUCUGAUGACAAUGACUCCGCUGAUCUACUGGACUCGGAGACCGAGCCUUGCUUGGUUACCGAUCCUGAAGACGAGCGCUCGCGAGUGUCUGAUGACAAUGACUCCGCUGAUCUACUGGACUCGGAGACCGAGCCGUGUCUUGUUACCGAUCCUGCUACACCCCUCGCCCCCGCUACCGCCACCCCUGCCGCGCCUGCAGAAGACGAGCGCUCGCGAGUGUCUGAUGACAAUGACUCCGCUGACUUGCUUGACUCGGAGACGGAGCCUUGCUUGGUUACCGAUCCUGCCGCGCCUGUUAUCCCUGCCACUCUCGCUGACGACGAGCGCUCACGUGUGUCUGAUGACAACGACUCUGCAGACUUGCUUGACUCGGAGACGGAGCCGUGCCUGGUCACUGACCCCGAAUGCGCGGAGGAGUGGUGGUCGGGCGCGGAAGGUGCCGAGGGCCCGGCGUGGAGCGGCGACGAGCUGUCGCCCGAGCGCGAGUCCGUCGACAUCGACGCCGACAAAGAUCCCGAAUCAGCGUCGGCGUCUGAGCGCGAUUCCCUGCGCAAUCUAUCAGCGGCCAUCGCGCAGCGGCACCGUUCCGAGGCCGAGGACCUGGAGCGCGGCUCGCUGCUCGAGCGCGUGCUCACGCUCGACAACCGUCUGUCCGACUUGCUACGGGCUUUGCAACUCGCCGCUGCCGCCGCCGCCACUAGUGACGACGCUGCUUCUGCCAAGCUCGCCGCCGCGCUCAAAGACAAACUAGACCUGACAGAAAAGAACGUAGCAGACGUGGUGGUCAAGAAACUGGCGGAACUCGACGCCAGCAAGAACCUCAUGGAGCAGUACCGACAGUCGAUCGAAGCGCUCAAAAAGCAAGUGGCUCAAUCCGGUGAGGAGGAAGAAUUAGAAUUUAUUGAAGAGGAACUAGCGUCAUGCAGCGAGAGCGAGCGUCGGGUUCGCUACGAGGCUCUCGACGCCGCGUUGCAAGCGUUGCACGCUCGGCCUCGCGCCAUCCGCUCGUGGCCGCGCCUGCGCCGGCUGCAGCGCGACCUGGAGCUACUUGCGUUCGCCGUCGUCGCGCCCGCGCCCCCCGCGCGCCCGCAGCCGGCUCCGCCGCCGCCACAGCUACCCUCCACCGCAUAGCGGACACAAUAGUUCAGCGGUUCCCGAAAGGUGGUCCGCGGAACCCUGGGGUUCCGUGGAAAGGCCGCAAGGGUUCCGUAAAAAAUAUCAUCCCACGUUUC